CGGUGUGUGUGGCCGCGAGGAGCUGACGAGACUAGAGCUGGUCCAGAGACUGGCGGAGAGGCAGUAGGGAGGGUGUGUCUUAAGGAAAGGGGUCGGGACGUCCUUGUGCUACAGAGAGUGCCAUCAUCAGUGACAUCACCUAACCCCGCUUCCUCGCCAUCAUCAGUGACAUCACCUAACCCCGCUUCCUCGCCAUCAGGGGGAGGGGCCAGAGAGGAGGACGGAGAGAAGAGGUAUGUGGUGGUGGCUGGAACACCCCUGAAGAUUCUAGAACACCUGCUGAGUGACCUACGACUGGAUGACCAGAGAGGAGCACCGGAGAGCAGAGUGUCUGAGCUGCUGCUGGAUGACUUCCUGUUGACAUACCUAGUGUUCAUGACGACCAACGACCUCUGUCAGGCCCUGCUCGGACACUACAGCAGUAAGCGUGUGCAUGGUCAAGGUCAGGAGGAUGGAAAGGAGGCCCUCUAUAGGAAGAGGAAAGUAUUACACCUAGUUGCUCACUGGACACGCCUAUAUAAGGACUUCCUAAGAGAGGACGAACACAUCAAGGCAUUCAUGAAGACUCUCUCCAGGUGUGUGUUAGAGGAUCUUUAUGAGUUUCCGUCUCUGGAGAAAGACAUGAAGGAGUUCCAGAAGCUUCUACGACGUAGACACACAGUGGAUGAAUGUCCUCCACAACAAAAGAGUAAGCCUCUGUUCCAGCAGCUCAGUUUAAAGGAGAACAGUCUGCCACUCCGCUUCCCUCGGGCUGACACCAAAGAGGUGCUGUGUCGUGUGUAUGUGAGUGCUGACUCGUACCUGUGUGUUUACACACACUCUUUGCUGAGCGUGGCAGAGCUGCUGAGGAUUGUGGGUCAGAAGAUGGACCGACCAGAGGAGGACAUGGUGCUGGUGACACACACACCUACUGGAGAAAGGAGGAUGUUACAGGCUGGUCAAUAUGUGUAUUCUGAGACUUUGACGCCACAGAGCAAACUGAUGGUCUGUCGGAGGGACCUCACACAUAUUAUGGUAAUUAACACCAUAUUCGCUGGUAGGAGAACAGUGAGGUUGCUGGUAAUCAACACCUGGGAUAUGGCUCUGUUUCUCACACAACUGGACUGGAACCUCUUCAACUCCAUACACGAGCAGGAGUUGGUGUAUUCCACAAUGAGCUGUAACGGAGGCAGCCACCGGGAGGGGCUAUUUGUAUUGCUGCAGCGCUGCAAUGAGGUCCAGCAGUGGGUUAUGUCUGAGGUCCUGAUGUGUGUGUCACUCAACAAACGAGUCCAGCUGCUCAAGAAGUUCAUAAAGAUGCACUGUAAGGCCCAAAGGAACCUGAACUCAGCGUUUGCCAUCAUCAUGGGACUCAACACAGCAGCCGUCAGCAGACUCAACAUAACCUGGGAGAAAGUUCCGGGGAAAUUCAAGAAGAUCUUCUCUGAACUGGAGCUGAUCACAGACCCGUCACUGAACCAUAAGGCCUACAGAGAUGCCUUCAAGAAGAUGAAGCCUCCUAAGAUCCCRUUCAUGCCCCUGCUGUUGAAAGACAUCACCUUUAUUCACGAGGGAAACAAAACCUUUCAGGACAACCUGGUCAACUUCCAGAAACUGCACAUGAUCGCCGACACAGUGCGUCUGAUUCGCCACUGCCAAAGCGACCAACUCGGUAACGAGGUGGUGGGGAGCGACAGUGCAGAGGUCAGGGCGAGCGUUCACUACCUGCACAUCAUCGACAAUCAACAGACACUGUUCCAACUGUCACACAAGCUGGAGCCUCGCGCCUGAACACACACUCUCCUAGAGGACCUUCACAGAAAAUACACUUUAUGUUGAAGGUGCCAUUCAAGCCACUGGCUCUUAGCCAAUCACAGUUCAGCAUCCUGAUUCAGCCAGCCAACCACAGAGCUGCACACUGAGACGGCUUCAGACUGAAAAUGUAUAUCUGUCAACCUGAUUCAGACUGUUUUUCUAUGAAGGUCAAACUUUGACGGACGACAAAGACCAAGGAGAAGACAGACGGCCAUUCGUUAUUGUUCUGUCAUGAAUAGUGUUUUUAAGCUAGUCUCCAGAGGAGUUUGUACAGUUACUGAGAUUGUGUGUUGUUUCUGGUCUGAAGUUAACAGUUUCAUUGUAUUAAUUAUCCUCAGUAGGGAAACAGUCAAGAGACUGCAGAUAGUAACUGUUAGUAUAUGACUGGAAAUCAUGCAGUAGACGUACAGGAGAUGUAUAUUGUAUGUGUUCAGGCCACAUGGUGAGAUAUGCCUCUGGAUGACAGUGCCACGGAUGGGGGGGAGAUGUCCGGAUGGGGAUGCCAUAUACAGAUUACACACACAUCGCUUUUUAAAUUGUAUCUGUAGGAACCACAAAGUCCUCACCAUUUCUGGUCCUGUCAUACCACAACAUAAAGGUCCUAUUAUUACACAUUGUUAUUGGGCGUUAAUACCAUGGUAUUAUAGAGAUUAUUAUUACAUUGUUAUUACACUUUUACUGACUGAAGAGUGAGAGAUAUGCUGUUUCAAUGCCUGUUACACACAGAUUUCACUAAGCAACAUUGCCUUGGUUUAAACCCAGUGAAUGCAUUCAACACUGAUCAAGUACAUCACUGUUAAGACCUGGUGUAUUCACACUGACUGAUCAAGUACAUCACUGUUAAGACCUGGUGUAUUCACACUGACUGAUCAAGUACAUCACUGUUAAGACCUGGUGUAUUCACACUGACUGAUCAAGUACAUCACUGUUAAGACCUGGUGUAUUCACACUGACUGAUCAAGUACAUCACUGUUAAGACCUGGUGUAUUCACACUGACUGAUCAAGUACAUCACUGUUAAGACCUGGUGUAUUCACACUGACUGAUCAAGUACAUCACUGUUAAGACCUGGUGUAUUCACACUGACUGAUCAAGUACAUCACAUGAAGCUACGGUACAGUGUUCAGGUGUGUAGAAGCAGGGCAGUAGUGCUAUAUAACUAUUUAUUGUAAUAUUUCGUUUAUUUAUGUUUCUCUACAGAAUGUGACAGUCCUGUGUGCCAUAUCACACCAGAGCUGUAUAAAGACAGACCUCGGUAAAGAUUUGCAGGACAUAUGUGUAAAUACAUUGAACUGUGUCCAAAAAGGUUUGCUGGUUGAGCUGAAAUGCUGUAAUGUUUAAAACAGGAGACUAGGGAGUGGAGUUGGUCCAGUGAAUGUUACUGUCCUAUGUGAUUUCAUAAUGGGGGGAAAAGAGAAAAAAGACAAAUGAAGAAGAGACGGAGGGGUGUUGUUGUUUUCUUGCCAUGAUGAUGUAAAGUUCUGUUUUAAAGAAUGUUGUUGUUUGCAUGACGUGACAUCCCCACCAGAUCACAAUGCAAGAUGACACUAAGAGCGUGUCCAAAAUUGCAUCCUAUAUAGUGCAUUACUUUUGACCAGAGCUAUGUGGCCCUGGUCAAACAUAGUGCACUAUAUAGGGAAUAGGGAGCUCUGGUUAAAAGUAGUGCACUAUAUAAGCCAGGGAAUAGUGUGCCAUUUCAGAUUUGCUCUAAGGCUUUAUACCACUGUAAUAUUGUUGAUUUGUAAAUAUGCAUAAUGUUAUUAUUUCUCUGUUUUAAAGGUAGGCCUACAUUCCACAAUAGGAUGUCUUCAUACACAGCGGGAGAAAGAAAAGAGCAGUAUGUUCCCCGUCCCUAACUGCUGAAGCCACACGUCUUUUCUAAAGAGAGGUUUACUACGUCAAAGUUUUACUGGAGAUUAUGAAUAAAUUAUAGCUUUUAUGUCAUAUUAAA